AUAAUAUCAGUUGUUAGUAAACAAAAGAUUUAAAUACAAGGUACUGGUAAUCGGUAUCUGGAAAGUAAGUAUAAUGUUACGUUACUGAUAAGUCAAAACAUAUUUAUGAAUAUAUAGUUUUAAAAAUAGUGGCCUUUUUGUUUGAUUUUAAGAUGAGUCUCGAAGAACGCCUGAUCUUAGAAGUUGAAAUGAGGCGGUGCCUGUAUGAUGUAACCAACACAGGUUACAUGAACCAAAUGGAGAAAAAUAACGCCUGGGCAGAGAUAUCUGCAAUUGUGGGUAUCCCAGGUAUGUCACUUGUAGCAUAUUUUAGUGGUUGAGAAUGAAAGGGGAAUGUAGUUGGGUAAAAGUUCCGUAUUGCGUAUCCAGGUGUCUCGAGAUAAACCUAUGAGCCUAAUGGCAUGAUCUUGUACACCUGAUCCUGUGGUACAUGAUGCUUAUUUCUUUUAGCAGUAGGGAGGUGCUGCUAAAAAAAACAUGUACCACAGGAUGGGGUGUACAGGGCCAUGCCAUCAGGAUCAUACCAUCAGGAUUACAGGGUUAACUUGGAUACGCAAUACGAACUUUUACUUCUGUACUGCUGGUGAAUCGCAAUUACAAACGUUCAACGUUCAUCAGUGGUUAUUCUGAUUAUUACGGAAAUUUAUAACUUAAGUCAGUUUCAAAAAUUUUCUGGGUCAAUGGAACUUCUCGAUGCCAGAUUUCUUAUUAGUUGAAAAAACCGGAGGGGAAAUUAAUGACGUCAUAUUAGUAGGACAAAGGGGUUGGUAUAAAAUAUGGAAGUUAUAGAGUUGGUAAAACUGGAGGUACGUAAUUGUUUUACUCUAUGCGUGUUUGUUUGUGAUGUUAGGGGUAGUUUUGGAAGUUAAAGCGGGAGUGGGGUAUUGUAGUAGUUUGAAAUAUGUGUAUUUAAUACUUACAGUUGAAGGAAAUAGUGUGCUUUACCAAUGCAAAAUUUCUUAUUGUUGGUAUCACUGUGGGCGUUAAAAUGUUCAACGAUUGGUAUCAAUGUAGUUGUGAAUUAAGACGGGUGGCAGUUAAGUUGUCAUGGUGUAUGGUAUGUUAUGAAGGGUAAAUGUGAAAGAAAAAAGACAGUUGAUCUCUGCAGGAGUAAGUGGAAGAACCUGAGAGACACCUACAGGAGAUUGAAAAGAGAGAAGACACGUAGCGGAGACGCGGGUGGUGUUAAGCCAUCAAAAUGGCCAUUUUUGGAGCAACUUCAAUUUUUAAAUGCAACAUUGGACAUACCACGCACCUCUUCCAACAUCACAUUGGAGAUGCUGGAAGAGGCAAUGGACUCGCCAGCAGUGAUCUGCGAGGUGGAGUCAUUCCAGCAGACUGAGGGAGAAGAUGGCAGUGGCUCAUCUGUUGCCUCGUCUUCUGCAUUCCAAGGAGCCCCACCUUGUGCAAGUGGCAAGAAAAGAAAAGGUUAUGAUUACAAAUUAGAAGUUUUAAAAGAGUUGCGUUCAACGAGGCCGGAGCCUGCAAAACAACACACGCAGUCAGAACUCUUUUGUAUGAGUUUGGCCAUAGAAAUGAAUGGCCUCACUGAAAAGAAAAGGAGGAAACUGCAGGCAGCAAUCAUGAAUAUGCUUGCAGACAUUGACGAUGAUAAUUAAAUGUUGAAAACUAAUUAUCUUGUUUUUUUAUUUAAAUGAAAUUCCUUCCGUUAAACUUGUAUACGUGUUAAAAAUAUUAUUUUCUAAACAGCAUAUUUUUAUAAAUAAAUUAUAUUGACUGAUAUGUACUUCAAAUGUUUAUGAUACUGCAGGUUUUUGUUUACAAUAUGUGAAGCACAUUUCAGUGUUGGUUAAAAGAAAUAAUUCUCACAAAGGCAUUUUUAUUGUACUUGGAUAGGAACCUAUGUUGUUUGGCAACAGUAGUAAGACACAAGACAUCAUAAAGUGGAAGGAUAAUGUAUUUCAACUUCACCAUAAAUAAAAUGUUAUUAGACUGAUACCUUACAAAAUAGUUGUGAUGUGCAACAGAAUGUGUUUUUAUAGUAAUUUAAAUGUUGAAAUUCACUGACUGCCACAUACAUUUCCUCAGGCAAGAUAGAAGGAACAAAUUAACAUAAAACAAUUUACUUAAUUCUGAAUAACACGUGAAAAUACAGUAAGGUAGGGAU